ACUGUGCGAAUCGAGUGCAAAAGUUUUGAACUAAUUCACAGAUCCGAAUUUAAUAAUCACAAUUAAUCAUUUUCGCUUAAAGAAACUUGUGUAAACCAAGGAAAUGAAUUGCAGACAAUUUUUACUCUGUUUUUUAAUAUGCCUGGCUUUGCUUAAGGAAGUUAAAUGCUUACACAAAAGAUGUGUUAAAUGUCGGUCAAGAGGAGAGUUAGGCAGCUGCGGAGACCCAGUUGUAGUGAAUACAACAGAUCCAUACUCGCAACUUGGCAUACAUGUCGUGGCCUGCCCCUCGGGCUGGUGCGGGAAAAUGAUAGAAGGCACUGAAGGAGCAUUUCGGACAGAUGAUUACGGAUCAGCGACAGAGAGGAUGUGCCUCCAGCGGCCUCCAAGCGACUACGAGGAGCGCUGCGCGUACACCUUGUGGAACUACAAGAAGGUCUACAUGUGCUUCUGCAACGGUGACCUGUGCAACUCUGCUUUUACAACAACCAUAUCCUAUUGUAGUAUUUUCAUUGCUGUUUUAGUGACUAUAUUUAAUAUGUAGUAUGUAGUGAAAUUUGUGUCUGCCUCAGACAAGUUGAAAUGGUCUUUAUUGACAAUCAUCAAAGUACUACAGUUAUAUGUGGUAUAUUCUAUAAAAAGGGACCUUAUUGUCGAUGGCGCUUACGCCAUUAUUAACGAUGCUCCGAUAUAAAUACGAGUACAAUGCCGCGCGACGCUGUGCGGCGUAAGCGGCAUCGACAAUAAGGUCCCUUUUCUUAGAAAAUGCCCCAUAUUUGUGUCUGUGGUCCUGUGGCUAUGGGGGCUCAUUUAUUUGGUGCUUAACCCAUCAAUAGGGAUGUUGACAGUUUUUUAAAACUGUUUUCAUUUUAUAGAUAGACACGUAAUUAUUGCAAAAAAUAAUAUUUUUAUUUUAUUUAAUAACUUUUAAUCAAAAUUCGACUUUAAUUAGUUUAUUGUUGAAAUUUCGCGCAAAAACGCUCCAAACUGUCACGUGAUUUUGAUGACGUAACGAUGUGAUAAACAAAAUGCUGUCAGUGCCACCUCUGGCACUGACCUGGUGGUCCUCACCACCAGGUUUGACAACUUGUCUGUGCGUAUUUCUCACACCGUGACGUCACGCGCUCCGAUUUGCGUUUGCAGUCACGUGAUGCUGGGCAUUACAUAUUUUAAAUACUUUUAAAUUAUUUUUAAUUGAAACAACAUUUUAUAUAUUUGCGAUUCAUGUCAACAUCCCUAUUGUUUACAUUCCUUGUUCUUGUAUUUGGCGUUUUUGCUAUUUAUUACCAUAAUUACCAUAUAUAUAGGUACAUCCGUCCAAUGGGUUAAUGUUAUGACAUAAUUGAGACAUUAUUAUAAUUAUUAUUAUUCACAACGACGGGACUUAAUCGCGUAAAAUAAGUUUUAAAUUUUUACCUCCGACGUUUCGAGGACGGUGUUGUCCCCGUGGUCUCAGAGAAGACUGGCUAAAGUUGACAUCAACAUCUAGGCGCGCGAGUUUUUCGAACUACCCGCACUCUGUCUUGUUUAUUAACUUGAACGUUUUGCGCACUAGGGAUGUCACCGGGUCGACACACAACACUCACAAUAUUAGAUUUUUCAACUUUCGAUAUUUGUUUUCGCUUACACUUACUAAUGACUGGGUUCCAUGUGGAUGAGAUCUUAAAACCUUCGUCUCGAUUGAAAUUUCUAUGUUUUUUUAUUUCAAUGGCUUCACGGAUUUUUCUACUAUAAAACCCACGAUCUGAUCAAAAAACAUAGAAAUUUCAAUCGAGACGAAGGUUUUAAGAUCUCAUUAUUUUACGCGAUUAAGUCCCGUCGUUGUGAAUAAUAAUGAGUAAAAAUCGUGAAAGUUUAAAUCAGUGUUUGUUAUCAUAAUUAGUUGUGAUAUUUACAAAGCGGUACUUCAACGCGUGUUUUCAAACCAAACUUCAAAGUGAGUCCAUUUGUCUUUGAGUCUAAUUAAGGCUGAUCUAAACUAAGUACCUACCUAAUUGUUUACGGUUUCUUUUUUUACAGAAUAUAUACGAAUAUUUAAGUUUUUAUUUUAUAUUUUAUGAGAGUACUGAAAACUUCAUUAUUCAUUAUAAUCAAGGUUAUAAUAUUAGCUGAAAAUCGUUGAGCAUUAGACUUGGCCGGUUUUUUGUUAAUACUUUAUACGUCUGCUCGGAUCCAUCCAUAUAUUUAAAAUGUUGUUUUGUGAUACUGCUUCAGUUUGUACACUACUGUUGCACGUGAUGCUUGGGUACUCUUCUAAAUAAAACCGGCCAAGUGCGAGUCGGACUCGCGCACAAAGGGUUCCGUACUAUUACGGAAAAAACAGCAAAAAAAAUCACGUUUGUUGUAUGGAAGCCCUAUUUAAAUAUUUAUAUUAUUCUGUUUUUAUUAUUUGUUGUUAUAGCGGCAACAGAAAUACAUCAUCUGUGAAAAUUUCAACUGUCCAGCUAUCACGGUUCAUAAGAUACAGCCUGGUGACAGACAGACAGACGGAUAGUAAUAGGGUCCCGUUUUUAAAAACUUGGGUAGGUCAAAUGAGGCAUCCACCGCCCAAAAUUAACUAUUAGGCAGGUACUUAAUAUCUUCAACUCUUUCUACUAAGUAAUAACAUAGAGUAACUUAUACUAGAGCGGUACUGUCAUAGUAAAUUUUGUAACCCCAGUAAAUUCACUGCCAUCUGUCGACACACUUUAAAACUAAAAAUAAAUAUUUAUAAAAAUACGAUAAAAUGUAUUUAAAUAUGGAUAAAUGAUUUUUUUUAUUUGCAUUAAUUAUUUUUAUGAUUUUGACCCAUGUUCUUUCACUGAUAUGCGUUAAAAUUAUAAAUAACAAACGAAACCGUCAACGCCCUCUAUACGAGUGUAGGCCAAAACUAGUGGCGCCCUCUGAUCGAGAAUCAAAUUUUCGUGAUUUUCGAGGCACGUUUUUUCCUUAGACUGUAUCCAUCUAUUACGGAGUUAUAUCUAUCUUUGGUAAUAAGUAUUUGAAUGAAGUAUAUGUCUUUUUAAGCAUAUGUAUGUUGUGGUUGUAAACUCGGAACUGAACCGAUAUGUACAACAGUAUAAAGGUCCUGUAAAAUAAUACAUUUUAAAAAAAUUGGCCAAGCCACAUAUUUUAACUAAGGUGUAGAGUUUGUGAAGUUAGGGCCUGUAGAGUUAGAAGCUUGGCUCUACAAAAGAUCUGAUAACUUUUGAUAGUGCGAGCCUUAUGGUUUCGUCUUGGCUACAUUUUACAUGAGAUGUUUUUGGUGGUAUACAUUUUUUGAUAUUUUAAUUUUUAGUUUUAAUGGUGUGUCGCGAGAUGGCAGUAAAUUUACUGUGACGUUUUAGCUAUACCAAUAGCAAAGAUAGAUAUAACUCCGUAAUAGAUGGAUACAGUCUAAGGAAAAAACGUGCCUCGAAAAUUACGAAAAUUUGUUUCUCGAUCAGAUGGCGCCACUAGUUUUGGCCUACUCUCGUAUACGUCGGUUUCGUUUGUUAUUUAUAAUUUUAACGCAUAUCAGUGAAAGAACAUGGGUCAAAAUCAUAUAACAAUAAUUAAUGCAAAUAAAAAAAUAAUUUAUCCAUAUUUUAACGUAUUUUUAUAAAUCUUCAUUUAAAGUAUGUCGAUAGAUGGCAGUGAAUUUACAGUGGUUACAAAAUUUACUAUGACAGUACCGCUCUAUCUUAUUAUAUCCUCUUUGCCAAUAGGUGAUCGUGUCCUAUUACCUACUCCAACAUUAGGUAGAUAUUACCUAAUGAAUACGUGUUUUAGAAUUUAAGUGGAAAAUGUAUACUAAUUUUUUUUUAAAGUAUUAUUACGAACAAAAUGUACUUCUAUAAUGACGAUACGCAAUACAGACAUUACAGACCCUGCCCCCAGGUAGUAAAGUGACGUCAGCGACGUCAUAAUGACGUCAUUUAUACGUCAUAAUGACGUAACGGACGUCAUAAUGACGUAUAAAUGCUACCUGGGCCUGACCGGGAAGGAAUUGGCAGCCAAUACUUACGAAACUGAAAGGACUGAAUCGAAUAAAAAAACUGUUACAUUUUACUGUAUUAUAUUUAAAAUAUUAUAAAUAUUUUUACACUUUUACAA